CCCACCUGGGACCAGACGCUGCUGUACGACGACCUCACCAUCCACGGCGACCCCAUGUUCAUCCUGGAGCAGCCGCCGCAGGUCAUCAUCGAGGUGUUCGACCACGACACCUACGGCGAGCCCGAGUUCCUGGGCCGGGCCGUAGCCACGCCCACCGUCCACCUGGACCCGAGCAAGGCCCACCCACCACCGCUGCAGUGGGUUCAAGUUCAGCAAGGGCGACAACGACAGCGCAGGUGAGCUGCUGGCCUCGUUCGAGCUCUACUGCAAGGUGUCGGAGCUGCCGUUCCUGCCGCCGACGAAGAAGGGUGGCACGCUGUACUACGUGCCCAGCGGCAUACGGCCCGUGCUGCAGCGUACCGCCGUGGAGAUCCUGUGCUGGGGCGUGCGCAACAUGAGGUCGUUCGAGCUGCGCUCCGUGCGCAACCCGGCCAUCGAGUUCGAGUGCGCCGGCAAGGUGGUGACGUCAGAGGUCAUGGGCGACGUCAAGCAGCAUCCCAACUUCGCCGACCCGUUCCUCUUCAUGGAGAUCAUGCUGCCGAAGGAGCCGCUGUACAUGCCGCCGCUGAACAUCAAGGUGCGGGACCACCGCAGCUUCGGCUCGCGGCCCGUGGUGGGCACGCACGUGAUCCGCUCCCUGCACGAGUACAGCAUCGAGCCGCUGAUGAACGUCAAGUCGAAGCCAGUCCGCCCCGCCGGCCGGCGAGGCCGCUUCGGCCGCUCCAACAACUUCGAGUACCAGCAGCUGUCGGACCUGGAGUCGCAGAUCGCGGUGGCCGGCGCGCCGGCGGCGCCGCCGCGCCGCUCACCGAUGGCGCGCGCGAUGACGCUUGGCGCCGCCGAGGAGGCGCCCAUGACGGCCGUCUCGAUCCAUGGCAACUUUAGCGGCAGGGAGGGCUUCGAGCACGCGCAGGUGCUGAAGAAGGCCGCCGUGCGCGAGCCCAGCCUGGCCGUGCAGGAGCGCACCGAGUUCGUGCACGCGCUGGAGCAGCACGACCCGGAGGGCUGGCGCACGUACCGUCUGCUGUCGCACGCCUUCCGUGGCGGCAUGGACGGGCCGGGCGUCUUCAGCAGCACGGAGGCGCUGGUCGACGACGACCCGGUCGACCCGGAUGAGGCGGAGGACCGCGACAAGAACCUGGACUGGUGGAGCAAGUACUACGCGUCGGCCGGCGAGCUCAGGAAGUGCGGCGACUACCUCAAGCGAGGGUACGAGAAGCUGGAGAUCUACCCGGUGGAGCUGGAGCGGGUGGCGUGCUUCGACCACUUCAAGGACAUCCUGAACACGCUGGACAUCCACCGCGGCAAGUCUUUCAAGGGCACCAUGCGGGUGUACACGCUGCCGGACGAUCCGAGCCUGCCGCUGCCUCCCCGACAGAUCCGUGGCAUCCCGCCGUCAGCAUCUGAGGAGGUCAUCGUCCGCGUAUACUUCAUCAGAUGCUGGGACCUGUCGCCGCAGGAUUCCAACGGAAUGUCGGACCCGUACCUGCGCGUGCAGCUGGGAAAGCAGAAGCAGGACACCAGGGACCAGUACCGGCCCAACACGCUCAACCCCAUCUUCGGCAGCUUCAUGGAGUUCACCUGCAUGCUGCCCAAGGAGAAGGACCUCACCGUGUCUGUCAUGGACUACGACCUGGUCUCGAAGGACGACCUGAUCGGCGAGACCAAGGUCGACCUGGAGAACCGCUACAUGACCAAGUACCGCGCCACGUGCGGCAUACCGCGCGAGUACCACCUGUCGGGCCCGAACCAGUGGCGCGACGCCCAGACGCCGCGCGAGAUUCUGGAAAACGUCUGCGAGACCAACAACCGCUCGCAGCCGCUCUGGCUCUCCAAGACGGAGGUGGUCAUUGGCAACAAACACUACCGGCUCAGCGAGCUGGAAGACCGGUCGACGGAGCGGCCGCCGACGCUGGGCCCGGACGACGAGAGGCUGGCGCUGCUGGUGCUGCACACGUUCGAGCUGGUGCCCGAGCACGUGGAGACGCGCCGUCUGUUCAACCCGGCCAUGCCCGACCUGGAGCAGGGGAAGCUGGAGAUGCUGGUGGACAUCUUCCCGAAGUUGGCGGGUCCGCCAGGUCCUCCGUUCGACAUCACGCCCCGCGAACCCAGCAAGUACGUGCUGCGGGUGGCGCUCUACAACGUGAUGGACGUGGUGAUGCAGGAGUACUCGGUCGUCUCAGGCAGCAACAUGUCGGACGUGUACGUCAAGUGCUGGAUCCAGGGCGACAAGAACGUGCAGAAGUCGGACGUCCACUACCGCUGCAUGGACGGGGAGGCCAUGUUCAACUGGCGCUUCGUCUUCAACCUGGACUACUUGGAGGCCGAGAGAAUGAUCGUCAUCAAGUCCAAGGAGCACUUUUGGAGCCUGGACGAGCGUGAGGACCACCGGCCGCCCAAGCUGAUGUUCCAGAUCUGGGACAACGACCUCAUCAGCAAGGACGACUACAUCGGUGAGCUGGAGCUGGACCUGAACCGCCUGGUCUGCCCGGCCCGCACGGCCGCGGACUGCACCCUGAAACAGAUCGAGGCCGUCGCCGAGGCCGACGACGCCGCCAACAACAACGCCAUGCAGGCCCUCACCGACAGCCUGCGACGGCGCAAGAAGGACGAGACCUGCCAGGUGCCGAUGGACAUUUGGAGCAAGAAGCGCAUCAUGGGCUUUUGGCCGACGGUCGGCGAGGUGGAGGACAAGCGGGUCUGCACGGGCAAGCUCGAGAUGGAGAUAGAGGUGCUGGCGGCAGAGGACGCCGAGCAGAGGCGCGGCAGUGGCAGAGAGGAGCCCAACAUGAACCCAAAGCUGGAGCCGCCCAACCGGCCGGCCACGUCCUUCCUGUGGUUCACCUCGCCCUGGAAGUCGUUCAAGUACAUCGUCUGGAAGCGCUACAAGUGGUACCUGAUCACGCUGCUGGUGGUGCUCCUGCUGGCGCUCUUCCUCAUCCUCUUCCUCUACAACGUCCCG